AUGCAUCUUCUAGACCCUAACAGCAGUUGGCCUCUCGGCUUUGAACACAUUUUUCGAUCGAGUUCAUCCGGCAGCCGGCUUGGUCCUGUCCUUAUCGUCAAUAGUGGAACUUUGGCACUUGGAAGCGCUUUGACUUUCAGUUGA